GGACUGCUGUUAGUGUCGCACGGCGGUCGUGAGCGCGUGAAGAACCUGUGCUGCUUUGCGCGCUGGUAGGCAGCAGCAGCAGUAGCAGCAAGAACAGUAGCCACCUUGUGAAGAAGUCAUGAAGCACUACGAGGUGGAGAUUCUGGAUGCAAAGACUCGGGAGAAGCUGUGUUUCCUGGACAAGGUGGAGCCCCAUGCCACCAUCGCAGAGAUCAAGAACCUUUUCACUAAGAGCCAUCCACAGUGGUACCCUGCCCGCCAGUCCCUCCGCCUGGACCCCAAGGGCAAGUCCUUGAAAGAUGAGGAUGUUCUGCAGAAGCUGCCUGUGGGCACCACAGCCACACUGUACUUCCGGGAUCUGGGGGCCCAGAUCAGCUGGGUGACGGUCUUCCUGACAGAGUACGCAGGACCCCUUUUUAUCUACCUGCUCUUCUACUUCCGGGUGCCCUUCAUCUAUGGCCACAAAUAUGACUUCACAUCUAGCCGGCACACAGUGGUGCAUCUUGCCUGCAUUUGCCACUCAUUCCACUACGUCAAGCGCCUGUUGGAAACGCUCUUUGUACACCGCUUCUCCCAUGGCACCAUGCCUUUGCGAAAUAUCUUCAAGAACUGCACCUACUACUGGGGCUUCGCUGCAUGGAUGGCCUAUUACAUCAACCACCCUCUCUACACGCCCCCCACCUAUGGAGCUCAGCAGGUUAAACUGGCACUGGCCAUCUUUGUGAUCUGCCAGCUGGGCAACUUCUCCAUCCACAUGGCCCUGCGGGACCUGCGGCCAGCUGGGUCCAAGACCAGGAAGAUCCCAUACCCCACUAAGAACCCCUUCACGUGGCUCUUCCUGCUGGUGUCCUGCCCCAACUACACCUAUGAGAUGGGGUCCUGGAUUGGCUUUGCCAUCAUGACGCAGUGUCUCCCAGUGGCUCUCUUCUCCCUGGCGGGCUUCAUUCAAAUGACCAUCUGGGCCAAGGGCAAGCACCGCAGCUACCUGAAGGAGUUCCGAGACUACCCCCCCCUGCGCAUGCCCAUCAUCCCUUUCCUGCUCUGAGUUGACCAUCCCCACCAGCUCCUACCAGUAGGGCUCCUAGGAGCUGGGCUCCUGUACCCUCACCCAGUAUCCUUCUCAGGGAAGGAAUGGGGGUACACCGUUCUCCAGCACCUGGAAUAAAAUCUGCCUGCUCAGCUGGA